UUGUGAAGUAUUGUGAAGGGCAUCCACUAGCUCUUAAAGUUUUGGGCAUGUCUCUACAUGAUAAAGAUGUAGCUUAUUGCGAGGAUCAAAUAAAACUACUAAAGAAAGAAAAUGGUACCCUAAUAAGUAGUGUUUUGAGAACGAGCUUCGACUCUUUGCCAUCUGAAGAUGAUAAGGACUCGUUUAUCAACAUUGCUUGUUUUUUUGUUGCAAUGGAUAGACAUGUUACUGAAACAAUACUACAGGCACGUAAUAUAAACACAAGUGUUAUGUUUAGGAAUCUCAUUGAUAGAUGCCUUCUUAGUAUCGGAUGGAAUAACGAAUUGGUGAUGCAUCAAUUGCUUCAAGAGAUGGGAAAAUUCAUAGUACGCAAAGAAUCACUCGACAAGCCAUGGAAGCGAAGUCGAUUAUGUUGUCAUGAUGAGUCACUUGAAGUUUUGAAAAGAAAAACGGGUACAAAAAAUAUCUGCGGCCUCAUCCUUGACACGAGAAUGCUUAAGAAUGAAAAGCUACGUGAAACAUCUGAGCUGGAAACAAAUGCAUUAAGUAAGAUGGAUGUUUGAUGCUACUAAAACUCAAUUUUGUGAAAAUUAAUGGGUCUUAUGAGAAAUUUCCAAAAGAGCUUAGAUGGUUGUGUAUGAAUGGGUUUCCCUCGAAGUGUAUUCCUUCUAACUUACCAAUGGAAAAUAUGGUUGUUCUCGACAUGUCAUAUAGUAGCAUUGAAUCAUUUGGCGUUUGUUAUCAUAAUCCACAAAAAUCUACGAUGAGG